AUGAGUGUAUCUAAAAAAUUCAUUCAACAGCUUAUUCUGUUUGACAUAUUCAUCGCGCUGUCAGUUACCUGUGGUGUUGUGUUCAGCUCAGGAGUUGGUGAUGGGAAUAUCAAGUGCCUUCAAACGGAAUUAGAAGCUCUUCUCAGUUUCAAACGGGAGUUGUUAGAUGUCCGUGGACGUCUUUCUUCGUGGGGAAAUGAAGGAUUUAAUCAAGAUUGUUGCACAUGGAGAGGUGUCCAGUGUGACAAUCAAACCAGUAAUGUCAUUAGACUCGAUCUUCGUGGUCCUUCUGGCCUCAAUGCAUCCGUUGCCACUGAGCCAUUGAUAGGUAAGAUAAGUCCUGCCUUACAAGUAUUGAUGCAAUUAAAGUAUUUGGAUCUUAGUUACAAUCGAAUUUCAGGAGGUAUACCGGACUUUCUUGGUUCUCUGAGUAAGUUGGAAUACCUCAACUUAUCUUGUGUUGGUGAUGAUUUUACGACAGUUCCUAAUCUUGGCGAUCUUUCUAGCUUAAACACCCUUGAUUUGAGCUAUAAUGAUUUCCUAUCUGUGAAUAACCUUGAAUGGAUUUCGCGUCUUUAUCAAUUGAGAUACCUUGCUCUACGUUAUGUUAAUAAUCUGAAUAGUUGUGUAUAUACCUGGCUGUUUAAGUUAAGCAAUCUGACUCACCUUGAUCUCUCUGGUAAUACUUUAUAUGGUCAAAUUCCUGAUGCUUUUUGGAGUAUGAAAUCCUUAAAACACCUUGAUCUGUCUCGGAAUGCGCUUGGAGGUGGCUUCCCUAGAUGUCUUGGUAACAGUAGUAAUUUGAAGUUAUUGCGACUGUCUUCCAACAAUCUAGACGGGCAGCUACCUGAGAUAAUGAAUAACUUGUCAUGCGUGUCACAUUCUCUCGAGUACCUGAACUUAGAAGAGAAUCACAUUGGUGGUUCACUGACUGAUGUUGUAGCUAAGUUUGCAUCUUUGAGAGAGCUGAGGCUCGGACGUAAUAAGUUGAAUGAAUCCAUCCCGGGAGCUGUUGGAAAACUUUUAAGUAUUGUUCUUUUGGAUUUAUCUUGGAACAGAAUCACGGGAUCAGUCCCUGAUCUUUUUCUGUUAUCGUCGUUGAGGGAAUUAUAUCUUUCUCAUAAUCAGUUAACUGGUGUAACGGAGAGUAUUGGAUGUCUUUCCAAACUUGAGAAGUUGUACCUUGACUUCAAUCAGCUUGAAGGCACAAUAUCUGAAGCUCAUUUGUUCAAGCUCUUGAAAUUACGUGAGCUGGACCUCUCUUAUAACACUCAACUACAUAUUCGAGUCAGUUCAGAUUGGAUCCCGCCUUUUCAGCUGGAUCUCAUUCGUUUUACCCACUGCAAAUUGGGUCCUCAAUUCCCAAACUGGCUGCGGAAUCAGAACAACAUUUCCGAGCUUGAUUUCUCAGCUUCUGGAAUUUCGGGUGACGUUCCUAGUUGGUUCUGGGAGCAGUUGCCUGGAUUGACCUUCUUAAACCUUUCUUACAAUGAUAUAGGAGGAAAUGUACCAUAUCUCUCAAAGAAGAUGACUGAUCUUCUUUGCAUAGAUUUGGCUACAAACAAAUUCACCGGUCCAGUACCACGAUUUCCUACCAGUGUUAUAACAGUUGAUCUCUCCAACAACAUGUUUUCCGGUACCAUCUCCUUCAUUUGUGACAAUUUUGAUUAUUUGGGAUAUCUUGACCUCUCAGACAACAGGUUGUCCGGAGAGCUUCCUCACUGCUGGACGCUUAGAAGUAUCGUGCAUCUUAACUUAGGGACUAAUAACUUCUUCGGGGAGAUACCUGAUUCGAUAGGCUCAUUGCAGACGAUGGGAAUGCUGCACCUUCAAAACAAUCAUUUAACAGGAGAACUACCUCAGUCCCUGGCAAAUUGCAAAAAGUUGAGGGUUAUAGAUGUUCGGUCUAAUAACUUGUCUGGUGAAAUUCCAGCAUGGAUUGGGAAUAACAUAUCUGAUAUCAUUAUUGUUAUCUUAAAAUCCAACAGGUUUAGUGGAAGCAUACCUUCAACCAUAUGCCAGCUAAAAGAACUUCAAAUCUUGGACUUAUCUGAAAAUAAGAUAUCCGGGAUCAUACCAAAAUGUAUCAACAACCUCACUGCAAUGACGGAAGAAGAGAGCACAAUGCACCAAAUCAAGAGUUGGUAUUUUCAGGUCGAUGAUCAAGGUGAUGUCAAAAUAAAUGCCUCAUACGAUGAAACUGCAGUUUUGAUGUGGAAGGGACGACAAUUUGAAUACAGCAGCAUACUUGGUAUGGUAAAGAGCAUCGAUCUUUCAAGCAACAACAUGGUGGGAGAAAUCCCGGUUGAAAUUACAUCUCUUGUAGGUUUGCACGGUUUGAACCUGUCGAGAAACAACUUAACCAGCAGCAUCCCUCUGAGAAUUGGUCAAAUGAGGGAACUAAAUUUCCUUGACUUAAGCACAAAUGAUCUUACAGGGGAAAUUCCUGCUAGCCUUUCACAGUUAAGUCACCUGGGAGUUUUGAACUUGUCUUACAACAACUUGUCUGGUCGAAUCCCUUUAGGCGAACACUUACUGACUUUCAACAACAGAUCUUACAUUGGAAAUCAUGGACUUUGCGGCCGUCCACUAACAGAAGCUUGCUCUCUGGAGGAACUGCCUCCAGACUCAACGUUGAGUGAUGAGGACGAGUUUAUAACUCCAGAGUUUUAUAUUAGUAUGGGAAUCAGCUUUAUUUCUUCAUUUUUGGGAGUCUCAGCUCUGAUGUUGAAUAGAAGGUGGACUUAUGGUCUACUCAGAUACUAG